AUGUUAAUAAGAUCCUUCAUACAUAUUAAUUUUUGAUAUUAGUCAGGGAUGCUCUAAUUUUUUUGGCAAGAUCCGCCACUGCAUCAUAUAAGCAUCAACUUCUUCUUUCAUAACCAUUUUUAUCUCUUUCUUUUACCUUUUUUGAAUGAUCUUUUAGUUACGAGUUUUAUGUAACAUGAAAGUGUGAUUCAAGUGGUGCAUGCCAAUUCAUGAAUAACAUAUUAUAAUGAAUACGAACUUUACAAAAUUCAUCAUUGGAUCGAAAGUUUAUUUCAUAUAGAUCAUCUUUCAUUUCUUUCAUUUUAACUCCUAUGCACAUUGAUUUAGAUUGCAAACUUCUUAUGAUAUAUUCUCGUAAAUAUAAAUUAAAAAUAUACUUAAAUUUAUAAUCUUCAAAAGAUAUUUUUGCAUAUUAUUUUGAACACCAUAAUAUAUUUUUUAGAGAAAUUGAAAAUCAUUUUUAACUGUUAUUGAAAUUCAUCAAGAUUAACGGUCUUGACAAAUUUUAUAAUGUUGGUAGUAAAAAUAUAUCAAAAUUUUAAUUAGAAUAGGAAACAUCGUAAAUGACAAUGGUACUUUCCAUUAAAUUUUAUGUAUUUUGAGUUUUCUUACAAUGUCCUAUAAUUGUCAAUUUUGUAGAAGUUCGAAAUAUGUGAUCAUGUGAGCUUAUCUCAAUUGGUAGGUACUUUUUAUUUUUUUAUCACUUAUUCACUCUUUAAGUUGGAAUUACUACCAGACAAAAAAAUAAUUUUGAAAUAUAUUUCUUAGUAAAAAUAAUUACACAAACUAUUUACUAGCCCCACCAAUAAAAAUAUCUCUUUGCAAUAAAUAUUAAAUACAUUUGAUAAUUUUGUGGUCGAAAAUUUUCAUCCGUACUGAUAUGAUAUGAUGUGUUUUCUUAUGAACAUUUCUGUUCAUCAUUGCCAUUAAUCAAAAAGAGAAUAAGAAAGUCUGGCUAAAUAGUGAAACUCACGCGGUAUAUGUCUUUUGUUAUUCAUCCGUUUCUUUGAUUUGAUUUCUUCUCAUGGCAGUGCCAGAAUCUUCCUCUUCAUCUUCCUUCAGUUAUGGAUUCACCUAUGAUGUGUUCCUCAGCUUUAGAGGAUUAGACACUCGCUAUGGUUUUACCGGAAAUCUCUACAAAGCACUUCUUGACCAAGGAAUCCACACAUUCAUUGACGAUGAAGAGCUACAAAGAGGACAUGAAAUCACACCAUCACUUUUAGAGGCAAUUGAAGAGUCAAGAAUUGCCAUAAUUGUACUUUCUAAAAACUAUGCAUCUUCAUCAUUUUGCUUACAAGAACUUGUCAAGAUCCUUGACUGCAUUAAGGGGAAAGGUAGAUUGGUUUGUCCAAUCUUUUAUGAUGUGGAUCCUUCUGAUGUGAGGAAGCAGACAGGAUCUUACGGUGAAGCUUUAGCUAUGCAUGCAGAGAGAUUCAUUGAUAUCUUGCCAAAAUGGAAGAUAGCUUUGCGACAAGUAGCUAACUUGUCUGGCUGGCAUUUCAAAAUUGGGGAUGGAUAUGAAUAUGAGUUUAUUGGAAAGAUUGUUGAACAUGUUUCCAAGAAAAUCAACCGUAUGGCUUUACCCGUGGCUGACUACCCGGUUGGACUUGAGCCUCGAAUGCUAGAAAUAAAUUCACUUCUUGAUGCUGGGUCUGAUGAUGAGGUCAAAAUGAUCGGCAUCCAUGGAAUUGGAGGAAUAGGGAAAACUACACUUUCUAUUGCGGUUUAUAACAUGAUUGCCGACCAAUUUGAAGCUUUGUGUUUUCUUGAAAAUGUGAGAGAAAAUUCAAACAAACACGGGUUACAACAUCUCCAAAAGAUUCUUCUUUCUGAAACACUUGGAGAGAAGAAAAUUAAGUUAUCAAGUGUCAAACAAGGAAUUUCAAUAAUAAAACAUAGACUCCAGCAGAAAAAAGUUCUUUUGAUUUUAGAUGAUGUUGACAAAAUAGAACAACUGGAGGCCUUGGUUGGAGGGUCUGAUUGGCUUGGUUCCGGAAGCAGAGUUAUUAUUACAAGUCGAGACAAACAUUUGUUUGAAAGUCAUGGGGUUAACAGAACAUAUGAAUUAAAUGUGUUAGAUGAGAAAGAGGCUCUUCAAUUGCUUACUUGGAAAGCUUUUAAAGCAGAGAAAUAUCAUCCUAGUUACUUGGAUGUCAUGAAACGCGUAGUAGCCUAUGCUUCGGGACUUCCAUUGGCUUUAACAGUAAUGGGUUCCAAUUUAUUUGGAAAGAAUAUACAAGAAUGGGAAUCUGCAUUACAUCGAUAUGAAAUCAUUCCUAAUAAAGAGAUCCAAAAUAUACUCAAAGUAAGUUUUGAUGCUUUGGAGGAAGAUGAACAAAGUGUUUUUCUUGACAUAGCUUGUUUCUAUACAGGAACAAAACAUACAUUGACAAGUGUAGAAAAGAUGCUUCAUGUUCAUUAUGAUGCUUGCAUGAAAUAUCAUAUUGGAGUAUUGGUUGAAAAAUCUCUCAUAAAGAUUAAUUGGUUUGGUGGAUUCAGUGUGCAUGACUUGAUAGAAGACAUGGCUAAAGAAAUUGUUCGAUUGGAAUCACCAGACGAACCUGGAAAACGUAGUCGAUUAUGGUUUCACGAAGAUAUAAUCCAAGUUUUAGAAGACAAUACAGGAACUAGUGCGAUUAAAACCAUAUAUCUUAUGUGUGAAAAUGAGGUAGAAUUGGAUGAAUCGGCCUUCAAGAAGAUGAAAAACCUCAAAACCCUCAUUAUCGAAGGUAGCCAUUUUUCCAAAGGACCCAAAUAUCUUCCAAAUAGUUUAAGAGUAGUUGAAUGGGAGGGAUAUCCUUCAGAAUAUUUACCUUAUGAUUUUCAUCCAAAGAAACUUGCCAUAUUCAACUUACAAAAAAGUUGCAUAACGUCACUCAAGUUGACUGACUCAUUGAAAAAGUUCUUGAAUGUUAAGAUUUUGAAUUUUGACGAAGCAAAUUGUUUGACAGAAAUACCUGAUGCGUCUUCUCUCUUAAAUUUAGAGGAAUUUUCAUUUGAAAAUUGUGAGAAUUUAAUUUCAAUUCACGAUUCCGUCGGGUUAUUGGAUAAACUUAAAGUCUUGAGUGCUAGAGGUUGUAGUAAGCUUAGAAGAUUUCCACCUAUCAAAUUGAUGUCUCUUGAGCGACUCGAUCUUUCAUUUUGCAUGAACCUCAAGAGUUUUCCAGAAAUAUUAGGGAAGAUGGAAAAUAUAACAGAUCUUGUGUUGGAAAAAACUCCGAUAAUUGAAUUGCCAUGUUCAUUUCAAAAUCUCACACAUCUCCAAACAUUAGAAGUACGUUGUUGUGGAAUAUUCAAGUUACCAAGUUGCAUUCUCACGAUGCCAAAACUGGUUAAGAUAAGUGCUUGGGUAUUAGAAGGGUGGCAAUUUCCAUUGGAUAAAGUGACAUCAACUGUGUCUUCAAAUGUUGAAUGUAUAAGUCUUGCAUUUUGCGAACUAUCGAAUGACUUUUUCCCAGCAUGUCUCACAUGGUUUGUUAAUGUGAAAGAGUUAGACUUAUCGAGGAAUAAUUUCACGAUUCUUCCAGAAUGCAUUAAAGAAUGUCAUUUGUUAAAGAAGCUUUAUUUGGAUUAUUGUCAAUUUCUUCAAGAAGUUAGAGGAGUACCGCCAAACUUGGAAAUAUUUUCUGCACUAUGGUGUAAAUCUUGGACCUCUACAGAUAUGUUACUGCAUCAGGAAUUGCAUGAAGCUGGAAGUACCAUGUUUUAUUUGCCAGGAUCUAGAAUUCCAGAUUGGUUCGAGCACCGUAGUAGCAGAGGGUCAAUUUCUUUUUGGUUUCGUAACAAGUUUCCUGCUAUAGCUCUUUGUCUUGUUCCUGGUUCGAUGUUUGCCACAUCUCCAAUCUAUCCUAUCGUGAUCAUCAAUGGCAAUAAAUGUAAACUUGACUCUAGGAACAGGAAUGAAUACGGCGGUGAUCAUUAUUUGCAGGUUGAAUCAGAUCAUACAUAUAUUUUUGAUCUUCAAAAGAUAAAGUUCGAAGAUAAUUUGGAUGAAGCGAUAUUAAACAACGAAUGGAACCACGUAGAGAUUAUGUAUACGGAUGCAAACAAUCACUCAAUGCUUAUAGAAAGUGGAAUCCAUGUAUUCAAACAGAAGAGUAGAAUAGAGGACAUUCGAUUCACCAACCCUUGAAGAAAGAUCAUAUUAGAUGAUGAUCUCAAAAAUCUCCAAGUUAAACAUAUUAUCAGAAGUUUGAACAUUGGGGCUGGAUAACUCUUCAGCGCCGUGUGCUGGAUGCUGAGAGGACGGAUAAUUUACACGCUCUUCAGGCAAUGACUUGUUAUUCUCUCGAUUUAUAAUUUACAUGCAUGCCUUUAUUAUAUCAUUUUUCUUUAACCCGCAUGUAUCUCACUACAGCUGAAUCUUCUCACCAAUCAUUUAGUACUAUGAUAAAUCUUGCAGGUGCAUGCCUUUUAAUUUGUAACUUCUUGGAUCAUAUAUAUGAUAAAUCUACAUGCUAUUUGCUUAAUGUCCUGCUAUUGGGCUAUUUAUGAGAUACAUGUGUCUUAUGUAUUUAUUCCUCAUUUUUUCCAAACUUGUUUCAAUCUAGAGUUGACAGAGAUAGAUGCUGCCAGACAUUGGCCUUGCAAAGGGCAUACAAAAAACAUGGCGGUUUGACCCAUUAACAUCGCAAACUAGUGGACUCUUUGUGGCGAAGUUCAGAAAAGUAGUCAUCUGAUCUUCUUGUCACGUCGUUGGAAAAUACAUUUUCAAUAGCCAAAUAGUUUUAGACUUACUCCAAGGAUAUAUAUUAGAAGGUUUCAUACAAAAAAUAUAGAAAAAGAAAAAAAUGGUUAUAUGUUUGAUCGAGUUCCUAUGUUGAUACUACAUAUCUUUUAAUGUGGUUUUUAGUCCUA